AUGUCCGCGUCCAUCUACCGCGCCAAUCUGUCCAGCGAGGGCUACACUUACACAAAGAAAGAUGGCCUGGUCACUGGUCUCGCCACUUACGGUGUGAUCCAGCCCGAGCGCAAGAUCCGCCAGGGACAAGAAGACAAAGUUUGGGACGCCAUUGUUAUUGGUGCUGGCUACGCUGGUCUGGUCGCCGCUCGCGAUCUUGUCAAGGCUAGCAAAAAGACUCUCCUAGUUGAAGCCCGCGACCGCAUUGGUGGCCGCACCUGGAGCGCUGAAGUCGAUGGGACAACUUACGAGAUGGGCGGCACAUGGGUUUCCCACAACCAUGGCCGUCUUUUUUCUGAGAUGCAACGCUACGGCCUCAAGGACGAUGUCAGCGUCACCCGCACUGAGGCCGGAGGUUGCGAUUACUUCACUCUCGACACGGGCUCGGGCACCCGAAAGCUCACCCACAAGGAAGCUGGCGACAUGACCGCCAACGCCUGGAACAUCUUCAUCAACUGGGACGGCAAGAUGGGACGAGAUAUCUGUCCUCUGCCGCACUCGGCCCUCGGCAACAUCCGCGUCAACCCCGAAAAGGUCAAGGAGGUUGACAAACUCACCUGUCGCGACCGAAUCGAACAGAUCAGGCACCUACUAUCGGCUGAUGAGCUUGCCCUUCUUGAGUCGAUUGUUCCACACAUUGGUGGUGGUGCCGUGAAGGACAUGGGCUUCCUUGGUAUGAUCUGCGCCCAGGCCCUCCAAAACUACGAGAUUGCAACCUUUGAGGAAGUCUGGACUCUUUACAAGAUCAGAGAGGGCCAGUCUGCGCUUGCUCGCCGCAUCUUUGAUGAUGCCGUGCGCCUCGGCUUGCAAUACACAUUCAAGUCUCCCGUCAAAUCAAUUGUCGACAAGGAUGGCAUUGUCUCCGUCCAAUCCACUACCAACAAGACAUACCGUGCCCGGCGCGUGGUCAACACACUGCCAAUCACCUGUCUCCCUGAUAUCAGCUUUGAUCCUCCCCUCUCGCCUCUCCGCCAGGAGGCAAUCAAGAUCAAUCAGCUUGAUUACCUCACCAAGUGCCACGCUGAAGUUGAGGGCGAUCUCCGUGGCCUCCGUGGAUGCACAUGGCCUGGAGAUCUUCUGUAUGUCUACGGCGACGGCUUCUGCGCCGGCGGCAAGUCAACUCGUAUUACCUCGUUUGCUGGUGAUAACCGAGGAAAGCUGGACCCUACCAAGGAGCCAGAGAGGCUCGAGACUGCCCUGCAACGCUUCCACCCCAUGAACAUCAAGAAAGUCCUCUGGCACGACUGGGUAUCGGAUCCCUACGCCAAGGCUGGAGCCGCCUGGUACCCUGCCAACUUCCUCACCAAGUACCUUGCCGAGCUUCAGAGCCGCCAUGGCAACGUCCUCAUGGCCAACGCUGAUUGGGCUUCGGGCUGGAGAGGCUUCAUCGAGGGUGCAAUGGAGCAAGGUGCUAUCGCUGCUGACACUGUUCUGAACGAGGUCGGCAUUCUUGGUGCUAACCCCUCCCCCGGCGAGUACCACCGCCCGUCCAGAAUCUGA